UCCAACAACCAUUGAACGAGCUCUGUUAACUAUACCGCGCAGCUUCACCGUUUCUUCACGGAAGAAGCCUCCCUCUCUGCCUCGCUGUGUGUAUUAUUACACUCUUUGCUCGCUAUCUUUAGUCGGACAUAUCAUUAGUGAACAGUUUUACGGCUUGAAGGAGAGAAAACGUUGGGACAAGCUGAAUAGAAGGAGCAGGCGGAAAGGAUCGAGAGAGAGAGAGAGAGAGAUAAAGAGGUCACCGUGCCCUGUCUGCAUUUCGCUCUCACCACGCCAUGAAGAUGCAGAGAAUAUCCGAGGUGGUGCUGCUGAUGGCCGGGGUUGCAGUGGGGCUGUGUGCCUGUCACACAGUGAAAGUGAACAAACACAAGCCAUGGAUUGAGACGUCAUACCAUGGGGUAAUCACAGAGAACAUGGACAUCGUCCUACUGGACCCUCCCCUGGUGGCCCUGGACAAAGACGCCCCCGUGCCCUACGCAGGGGAGAUCUGUGCGUUUAAGAUCCAUGGUCUGGAGGCUCCGUUCGAGGCAGUGGUACUGAAUGGGACAUCUGGUGAGGGCCAGCUGAGAGCCAGGGGCCCGGUGGACUGUGAGCUGCAAAAGGAGUACACCUUUAUCAUCCAGGCCCAUGACUGUGGAGCAGGACCUGGGGGCACCGGGGGGAAGAAGUCACACAAGGCAGUGGUACACAUCCAGGUGAAUGAUGUGAAUGAGUUCUCUCCAGUGUUCCGGGAGGCCCAGUACCACGCGGCGGUGACAGAGGAGAAGAUCUAUGACAACAUCCUGCAGGUGGAGGCUACAGACCAGGACUGUUCUCCUCAGUACAGCCAGAUCUGUAACUACCAGAUCACCACCUCCAACACACCCUUCGCCAUCGACCGCAAUGGUAACAUCAGGAACACAGAGAAGCUGAGCUUUGAUAAGCAGCAACAGUAUGAGGUCCUGGUCACAGCCUUCGACUGUGGACAGAAGAGAUCCACAGAGAGCGUGGCGGUACACAUUGACGUUAAACCUGUCUGCAAACCUGGCUGGCAAGGCUGGAACAAAAGAGUGGACUAUGAGCCAGGCACAGGCAGCAAGCAGUUGUUUCCCAAGAUGCAUCUGGAGACGUGUGGAGGGCCUCUCUCCUCAGUGAGGACCAUGGUGGAGCUACAGACCAGCCAUAUUGGGAAGGGCUGCGACCGGGAGACCUACUCUGAGAAGUCUCUGCAGAAACUCUGUGGGGCCUCGUCGGGCAGCACAGACCUUCUCCCUGCUCCCAGCGUCUCCACCAAUUGGACUGCGUCCCUUGUGACAGACAGUGGGCGGGACAGCGACCUCAUCUUCCGGUUUGACGGGCGGCAUGCAGCAAAGAUUCCUGACCAGAUGGUACCACAGAACCUGACGGAUCAGUUCACAAUCGCCACGUGGAUGAAGCAUGGACCCACUCCUGGACUGAGGGCGGAGAAAGAGACCCUGCUCUGCAACUCUGAUAAGACAGAGAUGAACAGACACCACUACUCCCUUUACGUCCAUAACUGUCGUCUGGUCUUCCUGCUCCGGAGAGACUUCACCCAGGUGGACACCUUCAGACCUGCAGAGUUCCACUGGAAACUGGAGCAGAUCUGUGAUAAGGAGUGGCACUAUUACGUCAUUAACGUGGAGUUUCCUGUGGUGACACUCUACGUGGACGGAGUGACCUACGACCCUUACCUGGUGACAGACGAUUGGCCGAUCCACCCAUCUCAGAUUGACGUGCAGCUUACUUUGGGUGCCUGCUGGCAAGGUGGUGAGGUGACGAUGCCGCGGUUCACUCAGUACUUCCGGGGCAGUCUGUCAGGGCUGACCAUCAGGCCAGGGAAGAUAGAGAGCCAGAAGGUAAUCUCCUGUCUACAGGCCUGUAAGGAAGGACUGGACAUCAACUCACUGGAGAGCCUGGGCAAGGGCAUCAAGUUCCACUUCAACCCAGCCCAGUCGAUCCUGGUGAUGGAGGGCGAGGAUCUGGAGAACAUGAACGCUGCUCUGAGGAAGGUCUCCUACAUCAACUCCCGCCAGUUUCCCACACCGGGCAUCAGACACCUGCACAUCUCAACCUCAGUACAGUGUUUUGGGGAGGACACGUGUAUCUCCAUCCCGGACAUCGAUGCAGUGGUGAUGGUGCUGCAGCCCAGUGAACCCAGGAUCACCAUAGCUGGGGUGGACAGACUGACCAGGCCAGCAGCUGACCUCAGAGGACCAGCCGGACUCACUCUGUUCCAGGACCUCCACAUCAUCAGUACUGUCACCAAGGGAGACACAGCCUCACACCAUACAGCGGGCAGGCUGGGGGUCCAGGAGGAGAUCAUCCAUAACCUGGACUACUGUGACAUCCUGGUGCUGGGGGAGGAGCUGAGGCCAGAGCAGGAGAGUCUCCAGCUGCAGCGUAGCACCCUGCUGGGGAAACACCUGGACACCACCAACUCCACCUCCGGCAUGUCUAUAUACGGCGUGGACUCCAUGUCCAACUAUGAGCAGGUGAUCAGACAGGUGCAUUACCACAACUGGCACCCCACCCAGACCCCAGACAGGAAGUUCCGUCUCACCUGCUCCGAGCUCAACGGACGCUACACCAGCAAUGAGUUCACCCUGGAGAUCAGUGUACUCCACAAAUCAGAGGCUGGGGAGCAUGUCAAUCAAAUGGUAGCCCCGCCCCAGUACAUGCAAGUGGUUCAUCAUCCGGCCAUGGUCCACAGUCUAUACCCCACACACGGUUCAGGUAAGACUGUAGAAUCAUCAGUCUAUACCCCACACACAGCUCACUAUAGAAUCAUCAGUCUAUACCCCACACACAGCUCACUACAGAAUCAUCAGUCUAUACCCCACACACAGCUCACUACAGAAUCAUCAGUCUAUACCCCACACACAGCUCACUACAGAAUCAUCAGUCUAUACCCCACACACAGCUCACUACAGAAUCAUCAGUCUAUACCCCACACACAGCUCACUACAGAAUCAUCAGUCUAUACCACACACACAGCUCACUACAGAAUCAGUCUAUACCCCACACACAGCUCACUACAGAAUCAGUCUAUACCCCACACACAGCUCACUACAGAAUCAUCAGUCUAUACCCCACACACAGCUCACUAUAGAAUCAUCAGUCUAUAUCCCACACACAGCUCACUACAGAAUCAGCAGUCUAUACCCCACACACAGCUCACUACAGAAUCAGCAGUCUAUACCCCACACACAGCUCAGGUAGGACUUAACCAUCAAGCCUGAUAAUUCUGUUCCAGACCAACAUUAGCACACCUAAUUCAAUGAAUCAGAGCAGUUGAUGAGUUGAAGUGGGUGUGUUCAUAGAUCUUCAGGACUAGGAUCUUCAGAACCCAGUGAGUCCACUCUAUAGCUAGCACAGAGACAGUGACACAUCUUAGUUAAAAAACAGAGAGAGAGGCUGGUGAAAAAGACCCUACAGAUCUCAAUCUUGAACAUCGCCUACCAAUUUCUGCUUUCUGUUAAUUAUUCAUUCAACCCUAAUGGAUGGCUUAGUGUCCUGGGGAGUUCUGUGCCCUACCACUGCUUUUAAGAGGUUGGGAAAGAGCAGGUGUGUGUGUGUUUGUUAAGAAACUGGACUACAGUAUAAGUGGAGAAGGGGGAAAACUGUGUGUGCAUGUGUAAAUAGCUACUAUUGUUGAAGAGAGAGAGAUGCAGAAUUCUGCAAAAAUAUCCUCCGUGUACAACGUGGAACACCAAAUAAU